GCCCCGGUGAGGGCCCCGACCCCGGCUCUGGAGCGGGCUCCGGCCCCGGCGAGGGCCCAGGGCGGCGACGUGCGUGUCCCCAGUCUGUUCUGCCUGAGGGACCGAAUGAAGGAGCAGCUCAUGGAGUACAACACGGCUGUUCUUGCCGGUCAGGAAAAUUUCCAUGAUCAUUUAAUUGAAGAAAAAUUUAUCCUGAGUUCCACACAAGAAUUGGAAAGAGAUAUAGAGGAAGUAAAAGUCUCUUUCCAAAACAAGACAUUGGCCUUGCAAAGGGUCCAAAUUAUGGAUGCCCUGAGAAACAAACUGAAACAAGAUGAUGUGAGCUCACGUCUGAUCCUGGAAACAAUGAAACGCAUAGUAUUGCUCAGCCAGACAAUAACUGAAUAUCAGCAGCAAGCACGUCAGAAGGAAGAGCAGUUGAUUGACAUUAAAAGGAAAAGACUCUCACUAAAAAAAGAUGGAGGACAGAAACUACAGCAAAUUCAGACCAUGAUGAAAAGGCAAAAGGAGAAACAAGCGAGUAUGAAUGUCACUGAAACAGAGAAGAUGCUUCAUAAAUUAAAAAAAGAAAGAGAGAUUACUGCAAUAAUUCAAAACGUGUUCCAGAGUAUCAUCAUUGGAAGCAGAGUUAACUGGGCAGAAGAUCCAUCUUUAAAGGCAAUUGUUCUACAGCUUGAAAAUAAUGUCUAUCUUCAGUGAGUCAGGAGGUGGAUACACUGAUGUUUAUUUUAUACACAGUGCACAUUUUAACUAAAUUUGAGAGAUUAUAUGUAUCUCAAAAACAAUUUUAUUUUAAAAUGAAUUUUAAAAUUUGAUCUUUCUGAAAGGUGUUCUUUCUAGAGAAUUAGAAUGUGUCCAAGCAAUUCUUUGAAAUGAAAUUUAUCUUCUGGUGGACAGCAAACAUUUGAAGAGGCAGUAGAGCUGAAAUGAAAAUAACUGAAGACUCACUUCUCAAGAUGUUCUGUCUCAAGCACUUGUUUUCCUCUGAAAAGCAACAAUAAUGCAAGAAAAGUUCAAGGUUUCAUGUAGAAGUGGACUUUGCUGUACCCCUUUCCUGGGGACCAGCAGGCUGUGGAGCUCAAGCAGGAUGCUUGACCCUGCUCUGUUCCAGUCAAAAGCUCAAUCUGGAAUAUUUAUUCGCAAAUCUGGAUUUGGGAUUAUUUUUGUUAUUAAGGCAUUUAUGCAUUAUUUUAAACACCAGAAAUUUUAUGCUUUUUUUAGCAGUGAUUCUUGUCUGUAGAGGUGACUGCAUACUAUCAGCUGUGCAGCUAAGCAGUGUUUUAAUUGCGUCUUCACUAGCAUUUGGUCUUUAUUUUGUUGGUGGUGUUUGAUGUUUGAAAGAAAUUUACUCCUGGAGUGUACAUUUUGGGUGUUGAGUGUUCCUUGUUACGUUGGUGUGUAACAUCACUUUAAACUUAGUGAGUGUUCCCUAGCUAUUUUUUUUAAUGUGGUCGCUUUUAACUAAUAU